AACUUCCGAAACUCGGAUCAUCAGUCGGUAGUCAUUGCUUGAUUUAGUUGUUGUUAACCUCUUUUCAUGUAAUUUCAAAAAAUAUGUAACAUUCAGUGAAAUUUAAUAAAAGAUUUGUUUGUAAUUUAAUACAUUGUAAUACAAUUUACGUCCACUUUAUUUAAUUAAUAAUUAAAAGAAACAAUGAAACGGUUGACUGAAGAACAAACAAAACUUGUUUUAGAAAAAUUAACAAAAUAUAUUGGAGGAAAUGUAAAAUUACUAAUUGACCGUCCAGAUGGGAUUUAUUGUUUUCGGUUAAGGAAGGACAGAGUAUAUUAUGUUUCUGAGAAAAUUCUACCAUUAGCAAGUAUGAUAAGUUCAGAUCAUCUAGUAAGUUUUGGAACAUGUUUUGGAAAAUUUACAAAAUCUGGAAAAUUCAGGCUACUUACAGCGUUGUAUCAUCUGGCACCAUAUGCCCAAUAUAAAAUUUGGCUGAAACCAUCUGCUGAACAGCAAUUAUAUGGGCAUCACGUUUCUAAGGGCGGCUUAAGUCGAAUUACAGAAAAUACACCCCAAUAUCAAGGAGUGGUUAUUUUUUCCACAAAUAACAUACCACUGGGUUUUGGCGUCACAGCAAAAGGUACAAUGGAUUGUAAGUAUGCGGAUCCAACAGCAACAGUGUGCUUUCAUCAAGCUGACAUAGGAGAAUAUAUUCGAUCAGAAGAUUCCUUAAUUUAAUAAUUUUGUAAAAAUCUCUUUAUAUUUAUAUAUUUCUCCAAUA